AUGUUUGUAAAGAGGACGUUGUUAGCUGUUGGUGGACUGGCCAAUGUUGUGCAUAAUCCUCAAGCUACGGAUGUCUGUGGAUGCCAAGUCUCUAGCGACCUCAAGAUCUUGGUCAACUGCCUGGACCAAAAGGUAGCAGACGGGUCGUGCACAGAUCCGCUCCUGUUGGACACAAUUACGUAUAGUGCCGCGGCAGAUGUUUGCCUCCGCGAGGGUCCUGUCACGAGCAGUUUGGUGGACAGCAUCUCACCGAAGGUUAUGAAGUCCGUAACCGUGGCCAUCGACCCGAUGGCACACAUGGAGUUUUCGGCAAUGCAGGUGCAAGUUGACCAACUGUGUACGGGCCUGCUGGUCACUACAGGCAACGUCACCUCCGACACCUCUGCUCCCGACAGCUUUGAUUCCGAUCGCACUACCACCAAGGCCACCGAAAAGAAUGCUACGGAUGCUCAAUGUCCCACUUUAAAGACCAUUAAUGGCUAUACUAGUAUGAACUACACUUUUGACGACGAUAGCAAAAUGCUAACUGUCAAACCGGAAACCGGUGACACGUGGACCGUCUCAGAUGCACAGUACUUCCAGCUUUGGGUGGAGGGCUGCACUCUCGUAGACGACUACCAAGCCGUGGCGCUUAGCACUGUUUAUGAACCGGUCCUGCCGCGCACGCAGGGCGUCAAGGGCCUCUUUGGCGCAGCCUCCUUCGCGACCGCGUUCUUGGUACUUGUCGGUUUGUCUUGA